AUGCCUGGAAACAAGCAGCUUCUACCUGUAUGCUUCCUCCUGGUGGGCCUCAACCUUGUAGCCCUCGCCGCCGGUGAUGAUCACCAGCUCGUGUACUCCGGCUUCGCCAGCAGCAACCUCAUCCUCGAUGGCGCAGCUACCGUCACGGGGAGCGGCCUCCUCGAGCUCACCAACGGCACGCUCCGGCUCAAAGGCCAUGCCAUCUAUCCCACGCCGCUGCGCUUCCGCGACACGUCCAACAACAGUAGCGCGGCGAGGUCCUUCUCCACCUCCUUCGUGUUCGGCAUCCUCUCCGCCUACCCCGACGUGAGCGCCAACGGCAUCGCGUUCUUCGUCGCGGCGAGCAAGGACUUCUCGGGGGCGAUGGCAGCGCAGUACCUCGGCCUCCUCAACGGCAGCAACAACGGCAACACCACCAACCGCGUCUUCGCGGUCGAGCUCGACACCAUGCAGAACAACGAGUUCAGGGACAUCAGCGACAACCACGUCGGGAUCGACAUCAACAGCCUCAUCUCGGUGGACUCUACCAACGCCGGCUACCACGACGACGGCAACGGCGACUUCCACGGUCUGACGCUGAUCAGCCACGAGGCGAUGCAGGUGUGGGUGGACUACGACGGCCAGACCAAGAAGAUCAACGUGACCCUGGCUCCCCUCAAGAUGGGCAAACCUGUCAGGCCGCUGCUCUCGGCAACACACGACCUCUCAACGGUGAUCCCCGACAUGGCAUACAUUGGCUUCUCAUCGUCCACAGGAUUGGUCAACUCCAGACACUAUGUUCUUGGAUGGAGCUUUGCCAUGGAUGGGCCUGCGCCAGCCAUCGACAUCACCAAGCUGCCCAGGCUACCCCGUGAGUUCCCAAAACCAAGAUCCAAGGUCAUGGAAAUCAUCCUACCAAUAGCCACAGCUGCAGUGGUCCUCUUUCUGGGAGCGGUUCUUGUUCUACUUAGGCGAAGGCAGCUAAGGUACAGUGAACUGAGGGAAGAUUGGGAAGUUGAGUUCGGACCGCAUCGGUUCUCCUACAAGGAUUUGUUCCGGGCCACAGAAGGGUUCAAGAACAAGAAUCUGUUGGGAGUAGGAGGGUUUGGGAAAGUGUACAGGGGAGUUCUUCGUGUGUCUAAAUGUGAGAUCGCCGUGAAGAGGGUGUCACACAACUCGAAGCAGCACAUGAAGGAAUUUGUUGCUGAGAUUGUUAGCAUCGGGCGCAUGCAACAUCCUAACCUUGUUCAGUUACUCGGUUAUUGCCGCCGGAAAGGUGAACUGCUUCUGGUAUAUGAGUACAUGUCGAAUGGGAGCCUGGACAAGUAUUUGUAUUGCCGAGAGAGCAAGGCUACUCUAAAUUGGGUACAGAGGCUUGGUAUCAUCAAAGGCAUCGCAUCCGGCUUGAUCUACCUCCAUGAGGAAUGGGAAAAGGUUGUCGUCCACCGGGACAUCAAGGCGAGCAAUGUGCUACUUGACAGUGGUAUGAAUGGUCGAUUAGGAGACUUUGGGCUUGCCAUGUUGUAUGACCACAGUGACAACCCGCAAACCUCGCAUGUUGUUGGCACCAUAGGAUACCUUGCCCCUGAGCUUGGGCGCACCAGUAAGGCGACCACUCUGACCGAUAUAUUUGCCUUUGGCACAUUCGUCCUUGAGGUCAUUUGUGGUCAAAAGCCUAUCAUGCAUGAUUCGGAAGACAACCAACUCAUGUUGGUCGAUUGGGUGGUCGAGCAUUGGAAACAAACAUCGCUAAUUGGUACGGUGGAUGCCAAGCUCCAAGGUGACUACAAUGUUGAUGAGGCAUGCAUAGCACUAAAGGUAGGGUUGUUAUGCUCUCACCCCUUUCCUGAAGCAAGGCCCAGUAUGCGGCAAGUCCUGCAAUACCUGAACGGUGAAUUGGCAGUGCCAGAGCUGGUUCCAGCACAUCUAAGCUUCCAAAUGCUGACAUUGAUGCAGACUGACGGGUUCGACUCAUAUAUCAUGUCGUAUCCUUCAUCAGUCGAUAGCAUUUCCAACCUUGUGCAAGAAAGAUAAGAAGCAUUUCCAACCUUGUGUUAGUGGUUUUGAUAUGCACCUUUAUGUUGUUACCUUAAUUUGUUCGAUUGCCCAAAUAAUUUUUUAGCAGUAUGCUAUCAUCUCAAUCAAAUAAAAUUAGUCUGCUUUGGAAUCUUCUUUGCCUCUAGCUCCCGAGAACCAACAGCACUCAGUAUACUACACCAUAGAGAGAAGCACUCAGUCGCAUGAAUGGUAGGACACAUGCUCUGCCAUCUACUCCCCAUCCUCUUCCUUGGCCAUGGCCUUCUUGGAUCCUUAGUUGCCGGCGGCAGCGACGGCGACCAAUUCGUCUACACCGGCUUCACCGGCGCAGACCUCACCCUCGACGGCAGCGCCACGGUCACCGCGACCGGCCUCCUCGAGCUCACCAACGGCACGACCCACCAGAAAGGCCACGCCUUCCACCCGGCUCCCCUGCGCCUCCGCGGGUCCCCGAACGGCACGGUGCAGUCCUUCUCGGUGGCCUUCGUCUUCGGCAUCGUCUCCAGCUACCUCGACUUCAGCACCCACGGCUUGGCCCUUGUCGUCGCGCCGGGCAGCAGGAGCCUGUCCAGCGCGCUGACGGACCAGUACAUGGGGCUCACCAACGCCCAGGACGGCGGCAAAGCGACCAACCACAUGUUCGCCGUCGAGCUCGACACCGUGCAGAACCUCGAGUUCCACGACAUCAACGCCAACCAUGUCGGCAUCGACAUCAACAGCCUCAGCUCCGUGAUAUCCAAUGACGCAGGCUACUACCAGGACAAGAACGGCAGCUUCCAAAAUUUAAGCCUCAUUAGCCGUGAAGCUAUGCAGGUUUGGGUGGACUACGAUGGAGUGACCAUGCAGAUCGACGUGACCAUUGCUCCCCUUGCAACGGUGAAACCCGAGAAGCCAUUGCUCUCUUGCAUCUACAACCUGUCAACCGUGCUAGUAGAGCCGUCGUAUAUCGGCUUCUCAUCGGCAACCGGACCGGGGAAUUCACGGCACUACGUUCUCGGUUGGAGCUUUGGGAUGAACAGACCUGCUCCAGUGAUCGACGUCACCAAGUUGCCGAAGCUUCCCCAACUGGGCUCCAAGCCUCGCUCAAAAGUGUUGGAGAUAACCCUGCCAAUUGCAAGUGCAGCACUCGUUCUCACACUGGGCACUGUCUUGAUUCUACUUGUGCGAAGGCGGUUGCGGUACACCGAGCUGCGGGAAGACUGGGAGAGCGAGUUCGGACCGCAUCGGUUCGCGUACAAAGAUCUGUUCCAUGCCACAGAAGGGUUUAAGGACAAGCAUUUGCUUGGUGCAGGAGGCUUUGGCAUGGUAUACAGGGGAGAGCUUCAAAAGUCCAGAGUGGAAGUUGCUGUGAAGAAGGUGUCCCAUGGGUCGAAGCAAGGGAUGAGAGAGUUCAUCGCCGAGAUUGUGAGCAUCGGCCGCAUCAGGCACCGUAACCUCGUGCAGCUACUUGGCUAUUGCCGCCGAAAAGAUGAGCUCAUUCUGGUGUAUGACUACAUGUCCAAUGGUAGCCUCGACAAGUACCUGUACACCGAAGAAGAAGAUGACCCAACCUUGGAUUGGGCUCAAAGGUUUCGUAUCAUCAAAGGUGUCGCUUCCGGCUUACACUACCUGCACGAGAGGUGGGAGAAAGUCGUCGUCCACCGCGACAUCAAGACUAGCAAUGUGCUGCUCGACAAAGAAAUGAAUGGGCGGCUAGGCGACUUUGGCCUCGCAAAGUUGUACGACCAUGGCGCCAACCCACAAACCACUCGUGUGGUCGGCACCACGGGGUACCUAGCGCCGGAGCUGGUGCGGACGGGCAAGGCGACCCCUCUAGUCGAUGUUUUCGCCUUCGGCACGUUCUUGCUCGAGGUCACAUGUGGGCAGCGACCUAUCAAGCAAGACGAGCAAGGCAACCAGUUCUUGCUGGUCGACUGGGUGCUCCAGCACUGGCACGGUGAAUCGCUCCUGGAGGCUGUGGACCCACGGCUGCGAGGCGAGUACAACUCCGGCGAGGUGCGGCUUGUGCUUCAGAUGGGAUUGCUGUGUGCGCACCCGUCGGCCGCUGCAAGGCCCAGCAUGCAGCAAGUCCUGCAGUAUCUUGACGGGGAGACGCCAUUCCCGGAGAUGACGCGAGCAGACCUGAGCUUCAACAUGCUAGCUCUCCUGCAAAGGAAAGGGUUAAACGUCAUGUCAUGCCCGUGCUCGUCGACGAUGAUGAGCAGCGUGGGCACCAUAUCCGACCUAUCAGGAGGAAGAUGACGCGAAUGCUGUUUGACUUUGUUACUACUAAGACAUCAUGGCUGUUGCUUGAAUCCUUGCUCUUCCUUUUAGACUCUGGAGUAUUUGUUAAAUA